CGGCGAAUUUGUCCGUAAAUCUGAACCAAACUUGAAACUUCCAAGGCGUCGGCCAAGAUCUAAGAUCCCACGGGCAAGUUCGCGGGGUAUAAUGGGACGACACCUCAUACCAAUCUCAGACCCUCAAACAUCUACGACUGCUUAUUCGAGAUGGUCGGCCAGUGUUGCUCUACCGGAUUCACAUGGGACGGAAAGCCUGUUGGUAGUGAGACAAAGCUGGCGUCGAUGGACGCAUACGUCACAGGAGACAAUAAGGAUCGCACUAUCCUCAUUUGCCCAGACAUCUUUGGAUGGAAGCUGAACAAUACUCGCCUGCUCGCAGAUCAUUUUGCUCAGGAGGCAAACGCGACAGUUUAUCUUGUCGAUCCUUUCGAGGGAGGUGCUGUCAAGGUAGAGGACAUGAAUAAUGGCAAGUUCGAUUUGAAUGGAUUUAUUGCCAAGAACAACAAAGAGAAGUUGUACCCCGCAUAUGAGGCUGUCGUCAAGGAGCUCAAGGCCAAGUACAAGAAGAUAGGCAUUGCCAGCUACUGCUAUGGCGGCUGGACAGCAGCGCAGCUUGGUGGCAAGGGAAAGAACCUUGUGGAUGUUAUCCAUUUGGCGCAUCCGAGUCUUCUGACCAACGAGUUACUCGAUGGCAUUGCUGUGCCAGCACUCUUCAUUGUGCCUGAAACGGACCCAAUCUUUACAAGCGAGUUGCAGGCCCACGCCAAAGAGGUGUUGCCAAAGUCGGGUGCUGCAUUCAAAUGGAUCGACUUUCCUGGUGUUGCUCAUGGUUUCGCCACGCGUGGUGACCCUUCGAACGACACGCAGAGGAAGGCUCUUGAGAAGGCAAAGAACGACACUGUAGACUGGUUCAAUAGCCAGCUGUAGUCAACCUAAUUGAAUCAUUGUUUGACACCUCGACAAGUGAAGGGAUGCAUAGAGGCAAAUUUGCUUCCCUCCAUGCGUUGAAAUUCCCAUGACUUGACCUCUACUUGAUCGCAUCCACCCUGUUCAAAGAGAGUCCGGAUCUGCUGCUCAGAGAAACCAUGUUCCGCCCCUUUCCCGAUGGUCCUC